GUAGGUAGGGAUUGAGGACGAAAUAUAUAUAAAUCGAACAAUAUCCGACUGGACUGGAUGUGUGGUGAUGCUCCAAAAUUGAAAUAGAAUAGAAACAAGAGAAGGAACUAGAUUACCCAUUUAGACUAGACGGAGCGCGAUGGGCACGAGUGGGGCGUUAUCGUCGGGGGGCGCCGCCGCGUUAUCGUCGGGAGCCGCCGCAGCCUGUUCGGCUUUCCCUUGCACAGAUAUCACCAAAUUCAAAUUCAAAUCCAAUGCCUUAUUUUCACCAAAUCCAAGGCGUAACUGCUGCUGCUACUCAAUUAUUACUCCUGCUUGCACUGCCACAGUAGCAUCUACAUCUUCAUCUUCCUCUACGGCAGCAGCAAGUAGUACUAGUAGCAGAGGAAGAAGAAAAACACUAGUUUCAUUCUCGGUGGCUUUACGGUCCAACAAUUCCGCAACCAUGGUGACAGAAGAUGAGGAAGAGGAAGCGAAGAAGAAGAUUGGAGCGAAGGUUAGGGUGAAGGUUCCGGUGAAGGUUUACCACGUGCCUCGAGUGGCGGAGGAACUGGAUCUGUGUGGAUUGGAAGGUGAGGUGAAGCAGUACGUGAACCUGUGGAAGGGGAGGCGAGUUUCAGCUAAUCUUCCUUACAAGAUUCAGUUUGUCCAUUCAGGAGGAGUCAAGUUCUUUGCUCAUCUCAGAGAGGAUGAGUUGGAAUUCCUUGAUUGAACUAUCCUAUCCUCAUUUCCUUGCCUUCUUAUAUAUCAAUCAUCAUCCAAUGCAGGCAGGCAGGCAAAUACCUCUCUUUGCUCUUCCUUUUAUUUUCAUAAUAAAAUAUGUAUGUUUUUGUUAUAAUAUGAAUGAUGUGUAUAUACAUAUGUUCUUCUUCAAUCCAAUCAGUUUUACUUGUUUAUCACUUCA